AUGGCGUACGUAGCGCUUUGCAAAGCGCUUUACGACUACGUAGCCCAAGCCGAGGACGAGCUGAAUCUCACAGAGGAUGACUAUCUCUACAUUCUCGAGUCCGACGACCCCGAGUGGUGGAAGGGCAAGCUCCGACGCACCGACGAGAAUGGAACACCCAUCCAGGACGACUCGGACGAGGGCGCCGUUGGUCUCGUGCCCGCAAACUAUGUCGAGGAAGCCGAACCCGUCCGUCUGAGUCGCGCUCUGUACGACUACGAGGCGCAGACGGAGGACGAACUGUCCAUGGCAGAAGAUGAAUUGCUCCGUGUUUACGAGUCGGACGGCGUGUGGCUGCUUGUCAAGAAGCAAGGCGAUGAUCCGCUCAGCGGCGGCGAGGGAAGGCUCGGAUACGUACCUGCCAACUAUGUCGACGAAGCCGAAGCGGUGGACACAGGCGACGCUCCUGUUGUUGAGGACGAAUACGCAGCAGGCGAGGAGGAGGAGGAGGAGGAUGACGAAGACGACGCCGCUACCACUGGUCGUGCUGCAGCCAUCCCCCAGAUCCAGCUGCCGCAGACAGCACAGCUCGGCAAGGGCGAUGAGAUCAAGAUGUGGCCCGUCUCGGCUUUGGACAGCAAGAAGAAGAAAAAGAAGGGCACCCUCGGCAUCGGCAAUGCCUCUCUCUUCUUUGCCUCCGAAAGCGACAAGACACCCGUCAAAAAGAUCAGCGUCCUUCACAUUGCGAGUCAUUCAGUCGAAAAGGGGAAAACGCUCCAUCUCCAGCUUUCGCCCGAAGCUGGCCUGGACGAGUCUAGCCUCGACUUUCACGCCGGUUCCAAGGAUGCUGCCAGCGAUAUUGUAAAAAAGAUCGAGGCGAGCAAAGCCAACGCCCUCACCGCAGCAUCAGCUGCUCCUACUUCUCCCGUGGCGGCACCCCCUGUUCCUGCUCCUCCCGUCGCCGCUUCUUCCGCUGCAGUGCCGUUGCCACCCCCGCCGCCUCCAGCGCCACCUGCCGCCGCAGCAGCGACGCUUCCUCUCCCCACACGAACCACCAGCGCCACUCUACCACCGCCCGUACGCAAGAACGUCUCGUUCCAGUCGCAAGCUGCGUCGGAGCCCGAAGCGGCUGUCGAGCACGGUGUCGCCAUGUACGAUUUCGAGGCCCAGGGAGACGAUGAGCUUACCGUGACCGAAAACGAACAUCUCAUCAUUCUCGAAAAGGAGAACGACGACUGGUGGAAGGUGCGAAACGAUGCCGGCAACGAGGGCGUCGUGCCCGCCAGCUACGUCGAAGCCACGGAUGCUCCCGCAGCGGGAGGCGCCAGCUCUUCCUCUGCAGCUGCACUGGCGGCUCAGCAGGAGGAGGAAGAACGAUAUCGCCGAGAGGAGGAGGAGGCUGCCGCAGUCGCCGAAGCGGAGCGCCAACGCGAAGCUGCCGAUCGAGAGAGGGAAGCCGAGGAGCGCAGAGAGAGAGAGGCGAAGGAGAGGACGCGACGAGAGGCACUCAAAGCACAGCCUGCGCCCGCACCUCCCAAGCUCACCCAGCGACCCAGCACCACCGAAGUCAGCAGAGCUGCCAAGAACGUAACCAUUCCUCAAAAUCGGAGCGCCCCCGAGCGUCCCAAGGAUGGCGGUGGCCGCUCCAAGCCUUCGCCUAACAACACACGCAUGUGGACCGACCGCACCGGCUCUUUCAAGGUCGAAGCCGAAUUCCUUGGCUUCAACCAAGGCAAGAUCCGUCUGCACAAGAUGAACGGAGUCGUCAUCGAGGUCGCCAUUGAAAAGAUGUCGAACGGGGAUAUCGCCUUCCUCGAAGACAUCACCGGCAAGAAGCUCAACCCGACCGACGAGGAGAUUGCUGCUUCCACUGCACGAAGGCGCGAACGUGAGCGCGAGCGCGAGCGACAGUCGAGCCGAUCGCAGUCAUCCGCAGCUGUCGGCAUGUCUCGUGAGGACCGGGAACGAGAGCGAGAACGCCGCAAGGAGAAGGACCGGGAGCAGCGUCGACGCGAAUCGGCACGAACCGGUCCCAAACGCAACGUCGACUGGUUCGAAUUCUUCCUCGCUGCUGGUGUCGACGUGGACGACUGCACCCGCUACGCCAGCUCCUUCGAGCGGGACAAGAUCGACGAGACGGUUCUUGCCGAUCUUGACCCUGGCACGCUGCGCAGCAUCGGCUUGCGCGAGGGUGACAUCAUCCGUGUUACCAAAUUCAUCGACAAGAAAUACCGCCGAGACAAGUCGCACACCUCGUCGUCGUCGCGAUCCUCGGGCCGUGCCAACGCCAACACGGCUGCUGACCUCGAGAGGCAAAUCAAGGCGGAUGAGGAUCUCGCUCGCAAGCUACAGGAGCAGGAAAGCUCGGCGCGACGAGGCGAAUCGGUCAGUCCGGCGCCACCUCAACUCUUCUCGGGUCCCGACGGCACGCUCAAGAACAAUACGCGCCGCGGCAGACCUACACCCAAGAGCACGAGCAGCAGCAACGUCGAUGCUGCCUCCCUGGCUGCUGCGUCGGAAUCGCUUGCCCGCACUGCGACACCACCGGCACGAACUGCUACGGUGAGCCCAGCAGUGGCACCGAAGCGCACUGGCUCUUCGCUCGCCAACGGAUUCGACGACGACGCCUGGACGCCACGACCUUCGAGCACCAAGCCGGCAACACCUGCUCGACCCACCGUGGCGUCGCCUGCGCCAUCGACGCCUGCAGCACCACCAGCGCCCACGCCGCCGCCUGUAGUCGCUGCAGCUGCCCCGCCGUCACCGGCGCCACCUGCGGAUCCGAACUCGGCGCUCUUCGAAAAGCUCGCGGCGAUGAAGGCUCCAUCGGCCGGCGCUAGCCCGCGUCCUGGUGCCAGUCCUUCGCCUGGUUCAUCGUUCCUGGGUCAGUCGCAGGCAUACAACCCCAAUGCACCGCGUGGACCGUUUGCGCCUGUGCCUGCCAACCAGGGGCUGUUGCAGCCGUUGGUGCCGACUCAGGGAACCGGUCAAUUUGUGCCUACCAAAACAGGCAUGAUGGGCGUGCAGAUGACGGGCAUGCAGCCUCAGCAGACCGGAUGGGGAAUGCAGGGUAUGCAAGGCAUGCAAGGUAUGCAACCUCAGAUGACAGGCUACAACAACGGCAUGGGAGGCAUGGCUCAGAUGGGCGGUAUGGGUAUGCAGCCUCAGGCUACAGGAUUCGGCAACGGCUACGGCAUGAACGGCUCGUCGCCCUACUCCGGAGGCCACGUGAACACGCAGCAGACCGGAUUCCCUGGUAUGGGCAUGCAGCCACAGCCGACGGGAUUCAACAACUUUGGACAGAACCCGCAGCAGAUGGUAGCGCAGCAGACCGGGUUUGGGAUGGGAUCGCAGCAGCAGGCGCAACAGCAACAGGCGGAGCAGGACGAGAAGGACAAGUUCAAGGCGUCCAACAUCUUCCAGCAGAUGAAGACGGGUGCGUUCGCCAAGGAUCCGAAUGCGGCACCGCAGGCGAGCGGAAAGUACGAUGCUCUUCGACCGCAGCCGACUGGCUUCCAGCCUGGCGGAGUGAUGCCGCAGUUCACGGGGAUGGGAUUCGGUCAGCAGCCGCAGCAGCAGCAGCAACAGCAGCAACAGCAACAGCAGUAUCCUUACAACAACGGAUACGGUGGCGGUUUUGGUGGAUACUGA